UUAAAUUUAUAAUAGUUAACGGUAGCAUAUUAGCUUUCUGUUUUCUCUGCACGGAAUGCCAUGCCCAUUUUCUCUAGGAGGAAUAGACAGCAUGCUGCGUCAAAUGCCAGUGUCAUACACCAACUUCCACCAGGCGUUAUUAAAUAACGAGAAUCAUGGAUCCCACUGCUACGGAUUACGAGGACGACUCUAACAUCAAGGUGGAAGUGAAAGAAGAACCAGAAUACAUUUAUGUUGAUGAAUCAGUAUGUCGGGUAAAACUGGAAGAGAGGGAUGAUGAUGUUAUAUUGCCAAAAGAUGAAGAAGAGGUUGAAAAGGUAGUAGCAGAUGUUGGCCUGUUUGCCAUCCAACCAGUUACAUUCCGAAUUGUGCCUGCACGCAGUCGAAGCCGAAGACGCAGGAAACCUAAAUCAAGCACUAUUGGGCCAACUAGAAAGAUUCUACCUAGGCCACAGAUACAAGUUUCUAACCUAAAUAUUACCAGUGCUCCCUUGCCUAUUUCUCAUUUGCAACCUACUCCACAGUGCCCUCCAAAACAGUUGCCUGAGCCAGUACCAGAGCAGCAGUCAUCUGGCACUCAAAACAUUUCUCUUAGCACAGCUGCUUUACCUCAAGUAACAGCCAAUACUGCAGGAAUUGGGCGUAAAAUUUUACCCAGACCACACAAUGCGACUCCCUUAAUCCGAGCACAGAGCCAGGCUGUAUCCUUACAACAACUUCAUUCUGUUAAUACAUCCACUGCACAUCAAACUAUACCUCUUAAUCAAAUUCAGUCUAUUAGUCCAGCAAGUAACUGCAAUAUUAUGCCCAUACACCAGUUGCAAUCUCCUUUGACAAAUACAAAUCAUGCUGCUCUUUCUGUCCCACAGCUUAAAUCUACAGGAUCAGGCCAUAGUCAGAAAACUAUUGUUAUUACUCCUCAGAAGUCAGCUGCUGCUACAAUUAAUAAGCCUGUUCCUAUACCACAGCUGAAAUCAGUUCCAGCUGUCUCUAAUUCCUUGACUAUCUCCACUCCUCUUGUUCACUCUACCUCUUCUGAUGGUACAAACAUCGGACAGAUUCCACAAAAACAAUUGACCCAUUCAAGUCAUGGACGUAAGCUUCUUCCACGUCCACAGCAGCCACCCAUCCGACCAUCUUCUGGAAUGGUUAUUCAUCCUCAGCAACAAUCUUUAUCACUUCAGCACCUUCAGAGCAUCACCCCUGUCAGCAUGCAUCAGACUGUUCCUCUCCAGCAGGUACAGUCUAUCUCAACUUCUAGCUCACAGCAAACCCUGAAUAUUCAUCAGAUGCAAAAUAUUUCUUCAGUCUCUACAUCACAGAAUAUUCCUGUCCAGCAGAUUCAGACUCUAAAUACAGGAAAUUCUCAACAAAAUGUAGCACUUCAUUCUUUGCAAAAUGGUGCAUCAGUAACCACACAUCAGUCACUUUCCCUUCAACCACUGCCAGCUAUACCAUCUGUGAGCUCUCAUCAACAUCUGCCUGUGCAACAGUUUCAAACACUACAAAGUGGAAACUCUCACCAGACCAUGCCUAUACAGCAGAUACAUGCUUUGCCAUCUGGAAACUCGCAGCAGUCUACCUCGGUGCACCAAGUACCAACAGUACCCUCUGGAAAUUCACAAACUAUCCCAGUACAUCAAGUAUCAACCAUACCAUCUGCAAAUUCACAACAAACUAUCCCGGUGCAUCAAGUAUCGACAAUACCAUCUGGAAACUCUCAGCAAACUAUUCCAGUGCACCAGGUGUCAACUAUACCAGCUGCAAAUCCACAACAAGCUAUCCACGUGCAUCAAGUAUCAGGCAUACAAUCUGGAAAUCCACAACGGCAUAUGCCUCUUCACCCUUUGCAAACUUUAACUUCUGGAAGUUCUCAACAAAAUAUGCAUCUACAGAAUUUACAAACCAUAACAACCAGAAGCUCACCUCAGAAUAUAUCAGUGCAGCAACUGCAAACAGUUUCACCAGGAAAUUCACAUCAAAUUUUGCCCAUGCAACAAAUCCAAGCAAUUCCUUCUGUAAAUAAUUGUCAGGUUACACCAAUCCAACAAGUCCAAUCCAUUACUGCAGGAAGCACAGAACAAGCAGUCUCUCUUCAACAGUUACGCACUAUAGUUCCAGUCAGUCAACAGCAGACAGGGUCUCUACAGCAGAUGCAAACUAUCCAGCCUGCUUGUCCACAGCAAGGUAUAUCUCUUCAGCAGCUACAGUCCAUGUCACCUGCUUCUGCACAACAAAUUUUGCCCAUUCAACAGUACAAUAACAGUCACUCAUCUGUGCCUCUGCAGCAAAUACAGACUCUUCCUCAUGGCAGUAAUCAACAAGCUGUGCCCUUGCAUCAGUUAAAAUCUGUAAAUCCUGGCAUUUCACAGCAUGCUUCAUCUUUGCAGCAGCUCCAGUCAAUACCUCAAGCAGGUGGACAUCAAAAUCUUUCUAUCCAGCAGUUGCAAACAGUGAACCAGAGUAAUGUACAGACCAACCUUCCCCUCCAACAACUUCAAACGUCUUUACCAUCUGCCACAACACAUCAGACACCUCUCCAGUACAUACAGCCUGUUACUUCAACGGCCAACCAAAACAUGCCCCUUCAUCAGCAGCUACAAUCCAUUCAUCAUAAUGAUUCAAGUCAGAGUAUGGAAUUUCAAUCCAUUGCUUCUUCAAGUCAGAACCAAGCUGCUGUGCAUAUUCAACAACAGAUGCAGCUGGCACCUCCCAUGCAUUGUAUAGCACAAGGUAAAACUCAAUUGAAAAUGCCAAUACAACCAAUUAAGACUAAUAACACAGUUGCAAAAAAUAAAUUGAGAAAAUUACGCCAGAAUUCAGGAUCUCAUUCAACCUUUAAAAAUAGACCUAUUCUGAAGGUAGGAUCUGUGACUUCAUAUGCAGUUGAGCAUAAUAUAAAACUUUGUGAAAAGAAAAUUUUCAUUCCAAGAUCCAGUGACAAAGCUUCUUCUGUUCCUCUGUAUGCCACUGCACCAACCCCAGGCCGCAAAAUAUUGCCACGUCCACUGUUACCAACCACGUCAUCAAACUCUGACAUUCAGGCAAUCAGAUUAGAGAAUUUGAAGCAUAUCACAUCUACAGCCAAUUAUAAGAUCUUGCCCAAGAAACCAUUACAAUCUGUGGAUAUUUCAGUACAAAAUUCUAUGUCAAUACCUGAGCUUCAGGCAACAACUUCUAGCCUUACCCACAAAACUAUUCCUAUUCAGCAACUGCAGUCAUCUUCACAUCAAACAGCCAUAUCUGGAGUAGAUGGUAAAAACAUGAUUUCUCAAAUACCUUUGUCAUCUGCUAAUGCUGCUUGUAAUUAUGUUCCAUUCUGUGGACAAAAGUCUGAUACUUCUGUAAGUAAUAUUUAUAUUGAAAUUGGUACUCAGUUAUCAGGGAAACUGUUAACGUCUUCGAAACAUUUUUCUCUGAUCAGUCCAAAAACAGAAACUGGCCCAGAGACUCAGUUUGAGUCCUCAUCACUUUCUGAGUCUGGAUCACCAACUGAGGACAUUAAUGAGCUUUCACCUGUUGUAGAGCAAGACUCCACAUCACCUGAUACAAUUAGUGAACGUAUUACAUCACCACAAAAUGACACUGCAACCAUUUAUGAUUGCAGUAAAGAUUCGUCGUAUUCCCAACUUGAGGUAGCUACACCAAGAACACUGGCUGUCCCUCAGGAAACUUCAGAUCAGUCUAGUUCCAUUGCCACUCAACAAAAUUACAACAAAAUGAUUAUGAAUGAAUCUUCUAAAUCCCAGAUACACCUUCAACCAUCCAGUGCUGCUUCUAAUGAACCUUGUGUUUCAUCACAGGAGCAGUGUUCUUCAUAUUCUUUCCCUGAUGAUUGUGCUUCAGAAGGAAAGUCCAAAGAGCACUUGUCAUCCAGUGGUGAACAGAUUGAGACUAACACUACACUUAAUUCUGUGCAUAAUGACCAAUUCAGUAGUUCUGUUGUAUCAAGUACAUACCACCACCAUCCUCAAGAGCAUGCUUCUCUUGAUAGAGAUGACUCUUCAUCUAUUGUUGAAGAUGAGGGUGAUUCAUCUGCAAAUGAAUCUAAAGAUACUCUGCAAGAAGAAUGUAAUAACUCAUUAGCUGCAUCAGCCUGUAGCCUUCAGCUUGAAGAUAAACCUUGUCAUGGAUCUAAUGUUGGCUUUGUGAGCGAGCAUCAUUUUGAAUCCCGAGACACGACAGAUGAUUCUGUUUCAUCGAUGCAGCAACGUUGUCUUACUUCUGAUGUAUCACGGGAGCUUGGAUCUUCGCAUUCUGACCCUUAUUAUUCUGCACCUGCUAAUUAUGCAUCAUCUUCAAAGCCAUUGUAUAGUACUGCAGCCAAUGGAGUUGGAUCUCUAUCUACUCAUUCUCAAGGCCAUUCUAUUCCAUGUAUCAUUGAUAAAUCACAGACUUCCCCUCAGGAUAGAUAUACACUUCUUAAGGCUUCAGAUAUUAGUGUGCCUGUGCAACCAGUGUCAUCUGUGUUAUAUUCAAAUACAAAUGUUCCUGUAAAUUAUGAUAGUGCAGCAGAAGUUAAAUCAGAACUUGGAGAACAAUAUGCAGUUAAGUGUACCACUGAAAAUGCAGUGCCUAGUCAUGAAUUACAAUAUACUGUUCCUUGCACAACCAACCCAACAUUAUCUUACCUCACACAAGAUCAAUUCUCCAGCCCUGAAAAUCUGUCACUUGUGCAGGAGCAGUGCUCUUCCUCAGGUUCUGAAAAACAUACUCUACCAGUCUCUCACCUUCAUAUUUUAUCUACUUCUGAGCAUAACUUGCCAUUUCAACAUAUUACUUCAACCACUUAUAGUACAACGUGCAGCUAUAACCCAGCACCAGAAGCUGAAGGCAGCAACAAUAGUUAUUGGAUCAACACUCGUAAGUCGCAACAUCCAAAGGCCAUGGAUGAAGUGAGCUUCAGUUACCCUCAAAGUGAGAACAGUGAAGUUGAGGAAGAGAGGCUGAAUGUUUCAGUUGGUCACCACCUACAAGACACAUUGCAAGUUUGUCAGGAUGAAUUUAAGAAGCAGGAAGGCAAGUCAUUGGAAGAGGAAAGUUGUCAAGAAGAUUUGCUUGGCUCUCAGAAGUGUCUACACUCAGGGUAUGAGUCUCACUCUUUGUCAUAUCUUAAAAAGUAUUACACACAAAAGAAAAGAAGAGAGCUGAUCAAAAUAUGUAAACUGAAAACCACUGUAAUGUCUCAGAAGAAUACUAUUCGAACUUUAUGGAAGAAGUUAAGAUUUGAAAGGAAGAGAAAUGUGAUGUUAUGUGAGGAACUUGCAAAAAGUAGAAGUGCUGAAGGCACUGAUAAUUUUGAAGAUUCUAAAUUUAAUGGGGUAGAUAAAAAGGUUCGGUUAAGUUCUAAUAAAGAAUCCACUAGACUAAUGAGAAAAAGAAGUAAUACUUGUGAAACUUUAUCCUUAAGUAAUAAGAGAAGAUAUGCAGAAAAGAUGAAAGAUUUACUAAACAGAGAAUAUACAGAUACUUAUAUUUCAAAGAAUAUUGGUAAUGGAAAAAGAACUCAUUCAACACUAAUUGGUAGUACUAGUUCUUGUACUUCAGAGAGUGAACUUCGAUGUCUUAUCCAGGAAUUCAUGAUGCGUGACGAUGUAUCCCAAGUGAGUAGUAAGAAAACUUCACUUUUCGGUGAGACAAGCCCUUUACGUUAUAGACUUCAUUAUCUUACAGUGCUUCAUAAACGUUUCAUGGCUGACUGCUUUAAAGGUUGUUCUUUCAAGACAUUUUGUAAUUACAUUCCAUGCAAUGUAUUAAAGUGCAAGGCAGAAGAGAUUGAUUCUUGUUUAUGCAUUACAUGUCAGAAUCCUGAAUUAAAAAUAGAGAGCAUGGUGAAGAGAAGAUUAUUAAGUAUCACCACAGAUAUUGAGGAAAUUAUUAAUGAUGAAGGUGCUUAUGAGUUAUUCAUCUCGAACUUAAAAUCCUUAAGGUCACGUAAUGCUCUUUUAACUUAUUCAGUUUGGACUGUAGAUGCUUGUGGAAAUGGCCCACCCAUUCCUCAGAAAAGAACAGUAACACAUCCUUUGAGUGAAGUAACUUCAUUGUUGGAAAAUGAACUGCAUUCCCUAAUGGAUCACAUGAAGCGUACAUAUCAGCAGUAUGAGGCUGCUUAUGAAGCUAAGUGUGAGGCAGAUUACUCAUUAUACCAUGCUGUUAUUCAGACUGACUGGGCCCCUUUAAUCAUUUUACAUUCUGUUGGUGAAAAUGGUAUACCAGAACCUCAAAGGGUUAUUAGCCUUCAGUGUGGCUAUAUGUGGUCAAAGACAGAAUCAACUGGAUUUGUAGCCUUGUCUGAUUCAAGAGACAGAACAUCUGCAGCAGUUUGUGCGAGUUUGGAUAAGGUUCUUAACAAAUUAAUCAAUUAUGGAAUGAAAACGGUGACGUUUAUUGUGGACCCACAGAUGCAUAUUUCUGGAGUUCACGAGUAUGCUCGAAAGAAUGAAAUUGAGGUUAAAUGGAUUUUCUUGGAACCAGGGCAUGAUCGUGGUGUGGCAGAAGCAGUAGGUAAUCGCAUCACACAGCUUAUAUGUGAUACUAUUAAUGCUAAUGGAAGUAGUGUUAUUCGUACUGCAAAAGAUGUAUUCAAUCUAAUAAGUUCUCAUUCAAGUAAUCUAGUAUACUUUUAUUCCGCUAAUGACAUUUCCAAGCAAAGAGAAUUGCUGCACUUAGAAAGUUUUUCUAAGAGUGGAAAUAAGUUUAUAAAGCCAAAGAUUUUAGUGCCACGCCAAGUUUCAAAUUCCUAAGGAGUGACAUUGCUCUAAUUUAGUUCAUUGUAAUAGAAAGUGAUUUGAAAAUGUCUUUCAUUUGUAUCAUAUAUCCAUUUAA